ACGACCCAAUACGAUCCACUGGUGUGUGUGUCCUUAGGCUUUCGAACUCGAAUGGUGCCUAGUGCGCCUUCGUUCGUUGCCCCACGAGUUCGACAAACUAAUUAAUCUACUUCCUCUCCCGGUUCCUUUGAUUGAUGAUCGUGUAUUCGAUAUAUGGAGCGACUCGCGAGUGAGACUCGCAAAAUACAGCUUAGGGGCACAGCUCUUACAGAACAUUAUUGGCGGAUUGGCGUCGCGGAUUUGGGUUUGUCCAGGAGCGGUAACUCUGAGGAGCAGGAGGAAAAUGAAAAGGUGUGUCAAGAAGUAGAUGAAGGGCGUUGUUGUUACAUUUGCUAUAUUGUUUAUGCCGUUCAUAUUGUGCUCUUAUGUUCGCUCUUCAGAGAAACGGUCGCAGGUCGGCUACUCUGUGUUCUGUGUUCGCUGGAACAUUCGGAAUCACGAAAAGGAACCGCUUCCGCCGUCCCUCGUGUGCUUGUCCAUCACGACAUGCAUGUUAAAUCGAACGCCCAGAGCCCAGAAUGUGUUCACGCCAAUCGUUUUGUAAUGAUACCCAAAGUUUCACAUUCUAUAUCAGUAACUCCAUAUAUGAUUUUGGAAACAAUGCGUGUAUCUAACCCACACAUACACACACACGCAUACACCAUGCUGACGAUCACGUCCACAACAAUAUUCAUCGUGCGCCCUCCACGAGCAUCAUAAGUAUUAUUAAACAUUAAUCCGGCUCUCUUUUGCACUCUGAGGUUGCAGAAGGAGAAUGAUGGUGAAGGUGGAAUAGAUCCUCCCAUAAAAAAAAAAACACAGUGACAGGGACACAACGAACAUGCCAACGCAGAUCCUCGCCCUCUCCCACCCUAAACACACACUCACACACCAUCAGCAAGCAGGCUCCCAUCGGUAGUACCAUUAUCUCUCAGCCCUCAGUAGCUUUUAAGAAUUCAAAAAUAUCGAUAAUUAGCCACGAGCUGAUGGUCGGCCGUUAGCAGAAGCAGUUAGAGGCGAGGAGGAAUACAGUAGGCCAUUGUUUCUUUCCCUUCUCCCGAUUAGCUGCUAACAACCAACUCUCCGAAAUCCAACUCUCUCCCCUUUACACUCCGGGAUCAGGAAAAUGGCACACGCUUCUCCAACCGUUGACCGUAGCGCUUUUCUGAGCUCCGGAUUUACUGGUUUGGUAGUCCACGUGACCGUCGGUAAUGAACGCAUUCCAUUAUUUAAAUCAUGUAUAUUUGUAACGUGUUUAUCCGAUUGCUUUAUAUCUAUAUAUAUCUCUAUAAAUAUAUAUACAUAUAUACGUACAUACAUACAUACAUACAUACAUGCAUACAUACAUACAAACAAACAAACAAACAAACAUACAUACAUACGUAUAUACCUACAUACCGCCGUUUUAAUUCCAUUUUUUUUGUAUGCUUGCGAUGUGUGUGUGUGCGUGUGUAUGCGGAGCCUAAAGUGAAACCAGCCAAGAAUACAGGGCACCAUAAAUUUCGAUCCUUCGGAAAAUGGAGUAUAGUUGAAGAAGAAAGAGUAGUGUACUUAAGCCAACUCACUUACCAAAUUACUGUCUAAUGCUGCAGCUUGUUGCCUGCCUGCCUGCCUUUAUGUCCCAAACAGCUGCAUCCGUUGAGACAGCCCCGUGUUUCGGUUUACACACCAAAGCCUACUAAAAGUGCGGUGCUCAACAGCAAGCGAAAAUGUUUGCUUUAUUUCGAUGGACGAGAGCUGCUAGGACACCGGAAAUUCAUUCCCAUGUCACCCAACACCACCACACUCCCUGACCUUCGUACGAUUUGUGCAAUGCCUAUCUUUCCGCAUUCUGUUCCGGCUUCCAGCACACUGUGUGGCCCCUAAUCUUAUUUAAGUGAACUUUUCGUUUUGUGUUUGUUAUUAUUUUCCACAUCUUUUACUAUUUCGUCGUCUCCCGGGAAGAGUGCAACAGAUCCAUUAAGAAACGGACACGGGUUGUUUUUUAUAUAUUUUUUUUUAUUUAACUCUUUCCUUAUAUGUCACAGCUCCGGUGCAUUUUCUUCGUUUGGCAUUUUGUCGAUUGCAAUAUUUUACCAUUGUUGUUAUUUAAUCAGAUAGUCAGAAAGUGUCAAUUGGGGACCGGGCCCUACUAGAGGCAAUCUGGAAGACAAAUCAACCAUAACGCCCUUGCUCUAAGCGCAAUGGGUGGGCCCAACUGCUGCGUUGGCUACUAUUUCCAGCUUGGCGCCUCUUCCGAUUAGGAUUAAAUUCAGUUUGAACAUUCUCAACAACCACUAGCAAAAACAGCAAACACUUGAAAGAGGCAAUCUUGUCUUGUAAUCACAAGGCGUACCUCUCACAUUGAAUGUCGUCAGAACUCAUACCCAAUAACCAUGAUGUGUGUGUGGGUGUGUGUUUGUGUGUUUUGUUUAGUGCGAAGGUAAGGUCACCUCAAGUCGGUAUCGAAACUGAGGUGAUCGAUUGAUAAACUAAGGAAGGGAUCGAUAACAGCACAGCAGUAUCUGAAGCAAAUCUACGCGCACACUUUAAAGAGAAGCCUAAAUCAAAAUCCAAAAUGUAGUAAACAAUAGCAAAGGCGAUUGAUAUGGCGAGAGAGGAUAAGGUAGACGAGGGAGCAUUGAUAAUGCUUGGUAAAGGCUGCUGCUAGAGUGACUGAAGACGAAGAAGAAUGGUUAGGAUGGGGGGACAUUGUUUUGUUUCGGUUAGUAGCUUUGUUGAUAAAUUGAAAAAUAAAUUGUAAAUAUUGGGCAAAGGGAUUUAAACACAUUGUUUAGGAAUGGUACCACACCACGAUAGGAAAGAAUAGGACGUCGUCGUCUGUGCGCCAGUGCAAUUUAGCUCGCGAAUGCAAGAAGCUGUCGAAAGAUGGCGAAAAGAAAAAGCAAAAAAAAAUAUACAAGAACCCCCAGACCCUAGGAAAGGAUUAGCAAAGAAGCGAGAUGGUUAGGGUAGGUGAUUAUCCAAAUUUAAAUGCUGUAGUAAAAUGUGUAAAGGAAGUACAGAAUGCAAGAGAGGUACAAACGGGCAGCGAAGACAAGAUGCAUUCCUUGCCCUCCCAGGUUUCUACUUAUGCUUCGUGCCGCGGUCAAAGGAUGGCUCUGCGGCGGUUCGGAGCAUUAGAGCAAGGAUACGCCAAUAAUGAAUAGUUCAUCUAACACAAAAAAUACAGAAAUUAAUCAAACCCACUUUUGAUUUGACUGGAGCGCGGUGCGUUAAUGCAACCAGAUUUGAAACGGAACAACGCAAACGAAGGGCAGAUAGUGUAUAGGGUUAUAAAUGAAUUGAUUGUAUGGAUUGUUUUGUUAGAUCUGUCGGAAUAUACCUCUUCCGCGCCUUUGUUAAUUGGAUCACUCUCUGGGAGUGUGCGGAGAUUUGAAGGCCCGGCCAAAACCGGCAUUUCUUUGUUGAGCGAUUGAUUGAUUGUUGCUGCGCUUUGCAGAAGAGGAUAGCUCAAUUGUAAGGCAAGGACAAGGAUCUUACGGAAAGAUGAUUCGGGAGACGAUGAUGUUUGUUGUGUACACGGCAUAGCUGGCUAACACACGCACACCCACUAGACACACAGUUGUUGAAUACUGAACUGGGAGGGAAUAGACCAGACCCCCUGUCUACUACUCGCUCCGUAAACUAUGUUCACAGGACGGACGAGCCGCUUCGCCACUUCGGGAAGAAGGAUGAAUUGAUCAUUUCUAUAUGAAUAUUUUAUCUCGCUUUAAGAAGUAUAAACUAUUGAUUGGAUUCUGAUGUUUUUUUUGUGUACUAUUUUAACUAUUUUACUUCGCGCUGAAACAAAAGAGAAAAAAAAACAACAAAACAGAAAGGGAAGAAGAUAGGCUUGAACUGUUUUUGAUAAGUAAAACAAAUGAUAUCGCAGAGUGGAAAAGAGUAAGAAGAGGGAAAAGAAAAAAUAAUUAAUUUCUUGUAAUAAAAAAAAAGGAAUGUUGUUGAUGCAGAUGAGGAAAACAUGAUAAAACCAGCAAAAUGAGAAAAAUGGAAGGAACUGUGUACAAAGCGAGCAGAACAUUGUGAAUGUCGAAAGCGAAUAUGGGAACGAGCGAUAAAGGGAGAGGAACAGAGAGAUAGCUUUUUUCGUAAACCAUAAAAACGAAGAAGCUUACUCCGCCGAGUGGAACGUGUUUAGCAAUGUGAAAGGAAGCCGGCGACGACUGCUGUGGGUACGAUUUAGCGCUAGGAAAAGGAAAUAAAUAAUUAAAUAAAUAAACAAUGGGCUUUGAGCAAAUAAAUAAAACAAAAGCAAACAAAAAAAA